CAUGCUAGUGUAUGACAUCACUAACGAGAAGUCCUUCGAGAACAUCAAGAACUGGAUCAGGAACAUUGAAGAGCAUGCCUCCUCUGACGUGGAGAGGAUGAUCCUAGGAAACAAGUGUGACAUGAACGACAAAAGACAGGUGUCAAAAGAACGAGGAGAAAAGUUGGCGAUUGAUUACGGCAUCAAGUUCUUAGAAACGAGCGCCAAAUCCAGCCAGAACGUGGAAGAGUCCUUUUUCACACUGGGAAGAGACAUAAUGACGAGACUCAACAGAAAAAUAAACGACAACAGUCCUCCAGGAGGAGGUGGGCCGGUCAAGAUCACAGAGACCCGGUCAAAGAAGAGCAACUUCUUCAGAUGUUCACUGUUCUAGUGGAUCCGUCCUCUCCUUUCCUUGGACUGAUACAGCCUUUACCUGCCCUGCCGCUUCCCCCUGGAGCUGAGCAGAAUACACCCCCAACCCCUCACAUGGAACCAGGCUACCUACCUAGCACUCCUCCAACCCCUCACCUGGAACCAGGCUACCUACCUAGCACUCCUCCAACCCCUCACCUGGAACCAGGCUACCUACCUAGCACUCCUCCAACCCCUCACCUGGAACCAGGCUACCUACCUAGCACUCCUCCAACCCUCACCUGGAACCAGGCUACCUACCUAGCACUCCUC